AUUGCUUAAAUAUCAKGCUGAAAAUAUCAAUACAAUUGCUUGUUUUUGCUAUCUUUUGAAAAACUAGACAGACUGUAAAAAGUAGUCCUACUUCACCAUCUGGGGACAAGGACAUUUGUAGGUUUGUUUGGUUUUGGUUUUUUUUAUAUUGCGGAACCUCUAAGAUAUUCCAUAGGUCAUAAAUCAUCAGAGUGUCCAAUGAGCUUUGAGGCGGAAAUGAUUGCAGUAAUAUCAGAAAAACAAAAUGGGACUUUGCCUCAGGACCAAGUCAGUCAAGCUUUUCUACCGUUUGAAGGUUAUGUCCGCAUGAAGCACAGAUUCUCUAAUGCUCAGAGGAGCUUAUGGCCUUCGUGACACCAGAGCCAGUCUGAUUUCUACAAGGCAGGAGACUGAAAGGUACUCGCUACCAACAUGAGCACUGAAAGUGACGAGCAUAUCAUUGAUACCAAUCACACCUCAGUUCAUACGCUGAGCAAUAAAAAUGAAAAGGAAAGAAGGCGACUCCGCUACAUGCAGAAAGAUGGCCGGUUCCUGGUGGCAUUCCAGAAGCCCCCUGGAGACUGGAGCCCAUACAUACUGGACAUCUUCACCACCCUCAUAGAGAUUCGCUGGAGGAUGAUGUUCCUUCUCUUUACCCUUUCUUAUAUUCUCUCAUGGAUCUUCUUUGGUCUCUGCUAUUGGCUCAUUGCCUACAUACAUGGCGACACUCAGAGUUCAGAUAACAAUCCUUGCAUGGACAACGUACGCGGCUUUACUGGAGCAUUCCUGUUCUCAAUGGAGACCCAGGCAACUAUUGGUUAUGGCCACCGGGGAAUGACUGAGAAUUGCAUUGGGGCUAUUAUUGUGGUCACCGUCCAUAAUCUAUUUAGCUGCUUUUUCGACACCAUUAUCAUCGGCAUCAUUGUGGUUAAAAUGGCAUCUGCCCGAAGGAGGUCUCAGGCGGUGCGUUUCAGCAGCUCCGCAGUGGUCAACCUGCGGAAUAGGGUGCUGUGUCUGUCAUGGCGUYUCGGAGACUUUAGGGGUAACCACAUUCUGGAGGGAGUCGUCAAGGCCCAUCUUGUCCGGCAUGUGAAGAAGCGAGGUUCUGUUGUGAUGCUGUACCAGGAUUUGGACCUUGAGAACCCACAUGUUGUUCUCGUCACCCCCACAACAAUUGUUCACAAACUAAAACCAGGAAGUCCCCUUUACAGAAUAGGUCCAGAUGACUUGAAGAGGAAGAAAUUUGAGCUUCUAGUCUCCUUCACCUACACUGUGGACUCCACAGGGAUGCUCCAUCAGACACGCACAUCCUACACUCCUGCAGACAUCCGCUGGGGUCAGCGUUUCCACGAUAUACUGAAAGUGGGGAAGAGGCACUACCACGUGGACUAUGCUAUGUUCAAUGAAACCACCUGGGUGCCAGUGCCCAUGGUCUGUGCAGAGGCUUAUGAAAGAGGGAGUGGACACCCUAAUGAGCGCAAUUCACUCUUACCAUCAGUCACAGGGAACGGCCACAUCUACUGGGCCACCACUAACAUCCCCGAGGAGAUAAUAGUGCAAACAUCUUUGUAGGGAAACAAAUGCAUGUACUUAUGACAAACUAUUUUACUGUGCAUACUAAAUAUGAAAUGUGAAACCAUUUGAAAGUGUUUGUAUAUACAUUUGUGUCCAAAGCUUCUAAUAUAUUGGUUCAUGCAUUGUAGGCAAUAAGUUGUGUGUUUGGCUAACAAAUGGAAAUUUAAUAAAGCUUCUUUUUGUCACUUAAAAGUGCAUUUCUUUACAUUACACAACAUAAAAUAAUUAUGUUUUCUAUGUGAAAGUCCUAAGAAAGAGAAGUAGAAUUGUCCCAUUGUGAGUGGGGAAGUUAAAGAAUUGGUAGCAUAUUUACACAGUACACAAAUAUAUUAUUUUAAUCUGUCAUAAUUUACAGUGACUUCUAUCAUAUGCAUAUGUUCAGAUAUAAACCAUUCUACUGUAACUGAUUGUUUUUUUUUUACUUCAAAGAAACACUGAAAUAAACAGGGUCAU